AUGUUCGGACUUUCCCUGGGAGCUCUGGUCGCCGUCGCAUUCGCGGCCAUCUUCAUCCUCAACUGGAUCAAGGUCCUGAACGAGUACGAGCGCGCCGUUGUCUUCCGGUUCGGCAAGCUCCUUCCGGCCACCAAGGGGCCGGGCCUCGUUCUGGUCUUCUCCCCCAUCGAUCGGAUGGUGCGGGUAAGCCUCCGCCUGGUGGCCUUCGAUGUGCCGCCGCAGGACAUCAUCACCCGCGACAACGUCUCGGUGAAGGUGAACGCCGUGCUGUUCUUCCGGGUGGUGGACCCCACCCGGGCGAUCAUCGAAGUCCAGGACUUCCUGUAUGCCACCUCGCAGCUUGCGCAGACCACGCUCCGCAGCGUGCUCGGCCAGGUGGAGCUGGACGAUCUCCUCUCGCAGCGCGACCAGAUCAACAUCCGGUUGCAGGGGAUCCUCGACAAGAGCACCGACCCCUGGGGCAUCAAGGUGGCCUCGGUUGAGGUCAAGCAUGUGGACCUGCCCACCGACAUGACCCGGGCGCUUGCCCGGCAGGCCGAAGCGGAGCGGGAGAAGCGGGCCAAGGUCAUCCACGCGGAAGGCGAGUUCCAGGGCCUCGGGGCAGCUCGCCAAGGCCGCCGCAAUCGUGGGCGAGCACCCCUUGGGCGUCCAGCUCCGCUAUCUCCAGACGCUUACCGAAAUUGCCACGGAGAAGAACUCGACGAUCAUCUUUCCCCUCCCGCUCGAUUUGGUGAAACCCUUCCUCGAGACGCACUGGAGUAG